AUAAACAAUCUUUGGUUGUGGACAGGAAGAGAGGAGCAGGUGUCACCGGAAGCUGUUAGCUCUGUAUGAAAAAAGCCCGACGCUAGUGGCUUUUUAACUGCCGCAACCCAGCGCAUCAACUAUAAGAGAUUAUACAGCUCAGCCAGAGUUUUCCUCCAUCUUCAGUUAAAAUGAGCACUGCUGUACCCAACCAUCGAAGGACCAAACCUGGAGGUACGACUGGCAUAAAGCCAGGCGCUGAUAACAGCGGCAUUACCGGACCCACCUCCCAGAUUCCCGGUCUCUGCCAGAGUGCCACCGAUAGCAUAGAGGUGGAGAGGACCAGCGGGAGACGAGUGGGGAUAUUUGAGAGCGACUCCGACUAUGUCAAGCUGGCGAAGCAGGGAGGACACAAAGGCCUAUUGAGUCAUGAUGCUGAUGCCGAUGACGCACCGAAGAAAGCCUACAACCCGCCAAACUGGUUCGGAGGGGAUGAGUCAAAGAGUGGCAGUAAAGCAACGUCUCCUGACAGCCAGAUGAGAGCGGGCAGGCAGCCCCUGGCUGCUCCGUUUGGCACUGAUAACAAUUCCUCCUGGGAGAAAGAGACUGAUAGUUUUAAAGAGAAGAUGUCUCCAAAUGAUGCAGCGGACGAGAUAGAGGGUCUGUCCCUGACCAACAAGUAUAAGAGAAUAUCCUACGAUAAGAAGGCUCCUCCGGUCAGCAUGUCCAAGCUGCUCAGUCACGGCUACAUGGAGGAAAAGAAGAAGUCUGGCAACGAUGAUGACACUUCAAGUGUGACCUCAGAACAGACCAGCACCGUCAUGACGGAGGAUGUGGACGAUCUGGACUAAUUGGCUCCGUUUCUGAUUUGCAGCAAAAAAAAGGGGCUGUUCAUUGAGGUUGUUAUUUUUUUUCCCCCCACAUGAAGGUGUGAACAAACCUCUUAGUUUUCGUCAUGUUUAUUGUAAAUCCACUGACUGUUAGGGGUUGUGCUCAUGUUUAUGCAACUUUCUGUCUUUAUUUAUUGCUUUAAUUUUUAUGGAGAGAAGAGAAAAGAAUGCUGUUUCUGAGUAGAUUAGUUAGUGUUGGUGUCGUUUGGAUUUCUUUGCUCGAUUUGAAAGCAGGGCUGGAAUCCAACAGCGGCCUUGUUGCUGUUUGCUUCCCGCCCUGGACGUAUGAAGAUCGACUUUAAAUGUUUAUGCUGAUGAAUCGUGGUUCCAGUGGCGUGUAUAUUAUUCGCUCCUGCCAUCCUGAAGCUGUCGUGCGCUUCUUCUCCGGCUGAGACGGCAAGUAGGAACAUUAGUUGAGACAGCAACCCUGCAGCUGUGAUCACAUGACGAAGUUAAAGCUGACGGCCGGAGUCGCUUUGGUUUGUUCGGGUAAAAAGGAGCCAAAUUUUUUUAUUUAUUUGUUUCUUUUUAAUCCUGCUGAUACUUCUCUCACCUCCUCAAAGUAAGAAACAUACAGCCUCGCUGCUGUUUACCUGCCAAAAUAACAAGAAUAAAUCAGACGAGGCUGAAGCAAACCGCUUUAGAUGCUUUAGUGCAAAAGUGCCAAGCUUGUUUUAUCGCUGUGAAAUCACUACAUUCCCCUUCAGCUAAGAUCAAAACUUUUCAGUUUCUGGAUAGGCUGUGGGAUUUUAACUAAAGAAACUUGAAUUUCAAAAGCUCCUUUUCCUCUUUUAUGUUUUUACAUUCCUUGAUAAAUCUCGAAAUCUACAGUAAAAUGUUCUUAAAAGGGUUCAAACUGACGUGCAAC